AGGUUGCGACAGUUACAUCACGCCGCUCGUGACGCGCACGUCUUCCUGUUUCCUUCAGCCGUGUCUUAAAGUGAAUCUUAGUGGCGGAGGAGCGCUCCAGCAUCCAGUCCUCUGCAUCCAGUGCGCCUCGGAGACGCACAGACACAGUCGCGUUCUCUCGCUCGCUCUCUUUCUCUCUCUCUCGCUCUCUCUCCCUCGCACUCAGUCUAUGUCUCUCACUCUUUCAGUCCCGGCAAAGGAUCGAGGGAGAGACCGACGCGCGUGAAGAGCUCUUUCCAUCUUCUGUGUUUUUCCCAUUUUGUUCCUUUCGGUCGCGUCGCUGACUUUAUUUCCGCCCUUGCGUCUCUGACACAUUGUUGUAUCCCCCAGCAUCCAGCAGUCCACCGCGCUCUGCCCAUAUUCUCUCCUCUUGUUUUGCCGUAGGAGUUCAGGUUGUCCCCCUCUUCAUCUAAAGGGUACUCUGAGGCUUUGAUCCAACUGGACUGGGUUUCCAGGAUAUGGCCCAGUAGCAGCAGCCCGUGAUGCCGGACCAUGACAGCGACUCCCUCCUGAACAGACAGACCAAGCGAAGACGCGUGGACAUCGGUGUUAAGAGGACCGUGGGUAGCAUAGCCUCAUCCACAGCAGCAGCCACAACAGCAACCACUGAUAACAUUGCCCGUGCCAAAGCAGCCAUUUUCAGUGCCAUGAACUCUCUGAGCUCCCACUCUCACCACGGAUCAGACACAGACUCCAUGGAGUGCUCUGUAGUGCAGCCACAUGGUGGGCCAGGCGUUAUGACAGCAAGUGACAGUGAGUCCAAGUCCAAUGUACUCAGAAAGCUUCUGAAGAGGGCCAACUCAUAUGAGGACACCAUGAUGCCCUUUCCUGGCACCACCAUUAUCUCUCAGCUUCUCAAGAAUAACAUGGCUAAAAAUGGAGGGGGACAUGAGAGGGGAGAAAGAGGGGACAGGGGUGAUAGAGGGGAGUCAGGCUUCCCUGGGUCCGGGCUCUCAAAUGCAAGCUCAGAUGCUCCUCAGGAGGAUGCCUGCAGUAACUCUUCCCAGGGCAGCACCCCUCAAGAGUGCUUGUCACCGUUUGGCCGCCCUCCUGGCCUGGCCACCUUUGAUAUCGAACGUCUCAAUGAUGAGCACCUGCGUGCCAAGCGAGCCCGGGUAGAGAAUAUUAUACGUGGUAUGAGCCACUCACCUAGUGUGGUAGUCCCUGCUGCUUCCCGUCAUGAACGUGACCAUGAGAUGGAUGGAGACCGGGAGAUGGAGCUAGACUGCCCACCUCCUCAGUCACAGCAACAGGCACCAAGCAGCCCACGGGGAGGCGAGGUGUGCGGCAGCAGUAGCAGCAGCCGUGAGAACAAGCGUAAGCAGCGACUGCCUCAGCAGCAACAACAGAGUUUCACCCAGCUGGUGUGCCAGAGGAAAGAACAGAAGCAGGAGGAGCGACGGCAACUAAAGCUACAGCUGGAGGACAUGCAGAAACAGCUACGCCAGCUGCAAGAGAAGUUCUUUCAGAUCUAUGAUUCAACUGACGACUCAGAACACACGGACCUCCACAAUGACAUCCACAAUGACAUAGGAAACAUGUCUGAAGAUAGCCCGGCAAGGUCCGACACUGGUGGCGAUGACCGAGGUGGAGAUGACUUGCGCUCUGACAAUGAGAUGUCUGACCUCGACCCAGGCCAUUUCCUGGACAGGGCACGAGCAUUGCUUCAGGAGCAGGCCCUGCUGGCUAACAGAGAAAAGCCAAGAAGAGAGGGACUCGGCCGGAGCAAAGGACAGGGAGGUCCAGGGUCCUCCAUGCAUGCUGAAGGUAAACAGCUGGCAGAAACACUAAAGCAGGAACUCAACUCAGCCAUGACCCAGGUAGUGGACACAGUGGUUAAGGUGUUUGCCAAACCUCCUCGCCCGACACCUCAGCAGGCCUUCCCCCCUCUUUCAAUACCUCCUGAAAGAUUUCCCACCGCUGUCAAUGGAGACAACCCAAAUUUCCACACUGCCAACCAGAGGCUGCAGUGCUUCGGUGAUGUCAUCAUUCCCAAUCCACUGGACUCCUUUGCCAGUAUGCCCGGGAUGCCAGGAACCACCAACGACCAAACUGAGGCACUUCCCUUAGUUGUGAGGAAGACACCCAGCGAGCACCACCACCACCACCACCACCAGUCCUCAGCUGUGGGUGCCCAUGGUGGUCACCACCACCCCGCCCUUCACCCCUCCUCCCUCUCUGCCUCAAUGGGCUUCAGUCCCCCAUCGUUUAGACACCCGUUUCCACUUCCUCUCAUGGGCUACCCUUUCCAGAGUCACCUUGGUGCACCCACAGGUGGCUACACAAGCAAGGAUCGUUCCUCUCCAGAUUCCAUGGACCUAUCCCGGGAGACCACCAGCCUGAGGACCAAGAUGUCAUCAGGUCACCACAUGGGGCACCACCAUCGCUCUUGUUCACCAGCGCACCCUGGCAGCACAGCUGAGAGUCUCUCUCUGUCCCUCAUCAAAUCUGAGUGCGGUGAUCUGCAGGACAUGGCUGACAUCUCACCUUACUCAAGCAGCAAUAUACAAGAAGGUCUGUCCCCCAAUCACCUGAAGAAGGCCAAGCUCAUGUUUUUCUACACCCGAUACCCGAGUUCCAACAUGCUCAAGAUGUUCUUCUCUGAUGUCAAGUUUAACCGCUGCAUAACCUCCCAGCUGAUCAAAUGGUUCAGCAACUUCAGGGAGUUCUACUACAUCCAGAUGGAGAAAUUUGCCCGCCAGGCCAUCAAUGACGGAGUCACCGGAGUCGAGGAGUUGAGCGUCAGCCGCGACUGCGAGCUUUUCCGAGCCCUAAACAUGCACUACAACAAGGCAAAUGACUUUGAGGUCCCUGACCGCUUCCUGGAGGUGGCUGAAAUUACACUGAGAGAGUUCUUCAACGCCAUUGUGGCUGGCAAGGACGUGGACCCAUCCUGGAAGAAGGCCAUAUACAAGGUCAUCUGCAAACUGGACAGCGAGGUCCCCGAGAUCUUCAAGUCCCCAAACUGUCUCCAAGAGCUUCUACACGAGUAAAUUUCUCCUACUCCUCCUACUGCUCCUCCUCCUGGCUCAACGCUUUGCGCUUUUUUGCCUGAUUUCAUAGAAUUUCAGAAUGAUUUCUCUUCUUUAUUUUGUUUUCAUUUCCUUUUCCUUGACUCUGCGUUUGAUUUCCAGUUUUUUUUUAUGAAUGUAUGAAAGUUAUGAAGUAGCAUUCCCGAUCUGAAGCCUCUGUGGCAGUUCCUAAAUGACCUAGCUAUUGUGUUGUUGUUGUUCUACGAUAAUUAUCAUGAUGGUUAUAAUUUUUUUUGUUGUUGUUUUUCUAAGAUUCUGUUGAGCUGAAGAGACUUUAAUCUUAUUGGGUGUUUUUUUUUUUUGUUUUGUUUUUUUUUGACUGUGUGAUCCCUUAUCUGUUUAGGCUUGUUAUAUUAUGAUCAACACUAAGUCCUCAGUGUGUGAAAGGAUUUCUUGAGUUGACAUUUAAACUACUGAGAACAUAGCCUGGGUUCCUUAAAGACUAUUCAAUGGCAUCCAGCAGUGUUCCCUACAAUCUACUGGGUGUCCACACUGUACCCACAGUGAGAAAAGAGGUUGGACAACAGAGUGUCCCUCAAAAAGACUAUCACACACACACACGCAAAUACACAUGCACACAAAAACAUGGCCUAGUGAGGUUGUUAUCUGGACUAAGACUGGACUUGAGGUACUGGUCUGUACUGGUCUGUGGGACUGUUUUAAAUAGUUACUGGGCUCUACCAUGUUAUGAAGUGUGUUUUCCCAGCAAGAAGGGCAUUGUGUUAACUGGGUGUACAUUAUUAUUUUGAUGAUUAUUAUUGUUGUUUAUGAUUAUUAUCUGUCAUGAUUGCUUGCUGAAGAUUGGCACUUCACGAUUUGUUUGUCCCUUGAUGCCGCUGCAGAAAAAAAUAAAUUAUUGCUAUUAAUAUUA